AUGGCGGACUCAGGCGAUGUAGACUUGGACUCCAUCAUCGACCGACUCCUCGAGGUCCGCGGCAGCCGGCCCGGAAAACAGGUGCAGCUGCUCGAGACCGAGAUCCGAUAUCUCUGCACCAAGGCUCGCGAGAUCUUCAUCUCCCAGCCCAUACUGCUAGAACUUGAAGCACCGAUAAAGGUAUGGGUUAGCAAAAGAGUUGAGGAGCUUGGUGGACUGACAAUGAUUGUAGAUCUGUGGCGAUAUCCACGGGCAGUACUACGACCUCCUGCGCCUGUUCGAGUAUGGAGGUUUCCCGCCAGAGGCAAACUACCUCUUCCUCGGCGACUACGUGGACAGAGGCAAGCAGUCGCUCGAGACCAUUUGUUUGUUGCUGGCAUACAAGAUCAAAUACCCCGAAAAUUUCUUCAUCCUGCGCGGCAACCACGAAUGCGCCAGCAUCAACCGCAUCUACGGAUUCUACGACGAGUGCAAGAGGCGAUACAACAUCAAGCUGUGGAAGACUUUCACGGACUGUUUCAACUGCUUGCCGAUUGCGGCCAUCAUCGACGAGAAAAUCUUCACCAUGCACGGUGGUCUGAGCCCAGAUCUCAACUCCAUGGAGCAGAUCCGCAGAGUCAUGCGCCCCACCGACAUUCCCGAUUGUGGACUUCUCUGCGAUCUGCUAUGGUCUGAUCCUGACAAAGACAUCACUGGAUGGUCGGAGAACGAUCGCGGUGUGUCUUUCACCUUCGGGCCCGAUGUCGUCUCGCGCUUCCUACAGAAGCACGACAUGGAUCUUAUCUGCCGUGCGCAUCAGGUGGUGGAGGAUGGCUACGAAUUCUUCUCCAAGAGACAGUUGGUUACCCUCUUCUCCGCCCCGAACUACUGCGGCGAGUUCGACAAUGCGGGCGCGAUGAUGAGUGUGGACGAGUCCCUGCUGUGCUCAUUCCAGAUCCUCAAGCCGGCGGAAAAGAAGCAGAAGUAAGCGACGACUUUCAGUAUGACACGCGCAGCGCUAACCAUUUCAUAGCAGAUUCGGCAGGCGAUAA